CGGUCGUCACGUGACGCCGGUGUCCUGCGUUUCCUCGCUGGGCAACCGUCCUAGAGACCUACAGCCGCUGGCUGCAACAUGAACGUGAUCUACCCACUGGCGGUGCCCAAAGGGCGCCGGCUCUGCUGCGAGGUGUGCGAAGCCCCAGCCGAGCGAGUGUGCCCUGCCUGCACAGUCACUUAUUACUGUGGUGUGGUGCAUCAAAAAGCUGACUGGAAUAGCAUCCAUGAGAAGGUAUGUCAGCUCCUGAUUCCAUUGCGCACUACCAUGCCCUUCUAUAAUUCAGAGGAAGAACGGCAGCAUGGCUUGCAGCAGCUACAGCAGCGACAGAAGCAUUUGAUUGAAUUCUGCUACACUGUUGCCCAGAAGUAUCUUUUUGAAAAAAAAUAUGCAGAAGCUGUUCCAGCAGCUUUGCAUUCCCUUCGCUUCCGCCGGAGUGUGUACGGCCUGAGUUCAGUAGAGCUCGUGCCUGCUUACCUGCUAUUGUCUGAGGCCAGCCUUGGUAUGGGCCGGAUUGUUCAGGCUGAAGAAUACCUAUCCCAAGCCCAGUGGACAGUCCUCAAGUCAACUGACUGUCAAAAUGCAACACAGUCAUUACUGCAUCGGAACCUGGGACUUCUCUACAUAGCCAAGAAGAACUAUGAAGAAGCCCGAUAUCAUCUGGCCAAUGAUAUUUAUUUUGCCAGUUGUGCAUUUGGAACAGAGGACAUCAGGACCUCAGGAGGCUACUUCCACUUGGCUAAUACCUUCUAUGGUCUUCAAAAAGUGGACCUAGCAGACACAUUGUACACUAAGGUCUCAAAGAUCUGGCAUAAAUAUUUGAAUGAACACUAUCAAGUCCUCUCACAGGCUCAUGUAGAACAAGCAGACUUACUGCGCAAACGAUUUGUGAAUGACACUGGCUUGGAUGAAGCCCAGGAAGCAGAAGCCAUUCAGAUCCUGACUUCAAUCUUGAGCAUUCGAGAAUCAACUUCUGACAAAGCUCCUGAAAAGACUAUCUUUGUUCUGAAAACCUUGGUCAUGCUUCACUACCUGAUGAUGAAUUCUUCCAAGGCAAAAGAAUAUGCCAUACAAGCCCUCAAUCUGGCCAAAAAACUGGAACUCAGUGACGAAGAGCAAAGCAACAUUGAAGAAUUACUACACCUCAUCUCAGCUGAAGAAGAGCAUCCCAUUACUUAGUGACCCAUGAGCUCUGCAUCAUGGCUAUUGAACGCCUAAUACAUUUCAGUUUUGCUCAGCGGCUCCUGGUCCUUUGGAUUGCUGAAGUGUCCACAUUUUUUCCAUGGGACUGCACCC